GUUGAAUUCUAAGGCAAAGCGCGUUCUGUCACACAAGUGUAGUGCUAGGCUUAACUAUAGUAUAGCAGUGAAACAUCCACAGUUUCGAAUUUUCAAUUACUCAAAGGGCGAGUUACACCACACGAUGAGUACGCCGGUUAAGAAAGUACCCAUUCAUUUGCAGAGCUCUCAAAAUCGACUAUUAAUUCGGCACGGUCAAGUAGUAAACGAAGAUGGCAUCACUGAAGACGACGUUUACAUUGAGGAUGGUAUUAUUAAGCAAAUCGGUAGGAAUCUUAUUAUACCAGGAGGCACUAGAACCAUCGAUGCCAGAGGCAAAUAUAUCCUGCCCGGAGGCAUCGAUCCUCACACCCAUUUCGAGUUCGAAUUUAUGGGCGCCAAAUCAGUGGACGACUUUUAUCAGGGAACAAAAGCUGCCAUUUCUGGUGGUACCACGAUGAUCAUUGACUUUGCCUUUCCCAAACCAGGAGAGUCGAUCUUAGACUGUUUUUAUAAUUAUCGUCAAAAAGCUGAUGACAAAGUGUGUUGCGAUUAUGCCUUACACGUGUGUCUGUCUCAUUGGUCUGAACAAGUCAAACGAGAAAUGGAGUUACUGACAAAGGAACACGGUGUAAAUUCAUUUAAAAUGUUCAUGGCGUACAGUUUUAUGUUGAAUGACGGUGAGCUAUAUAGCGCUUUUGAGCAAUGUCAGAAAUUAGGGGCUGUGGCUCAAGUCCACGCUGAGAACGGUUCAAUAAUUGCCAAAAAUGUGGAAAAGCUUUUAUCAAAAGGCAUCACAGGGCCUGAAGGACACGAACUCUCCAGACCAGAAGAUAUUGAAGCGGAAGCUGUAAACAGAGCUUGUGUUAUAGCAAAACAGGUAGAAUGCCCUUUAUAUGUAGUGCAUGUAAUGAGUAAAUCAGCUGCAGAAAAAGUAAACGAAGCUCGCUUACGAGGGACCCAAGUAUACGGAGAGACCCUAGUGGCGGCUAUUGGUACCGAUGGUACCCACUACUGCUCACGGCAUGGUUUCCAACAUGCCGCUGGCCAUGUCCUUAGUCCUCCUCUUAGAUCGGACCCCAGCACCCCUCUUGUUCUUAUGAAUUUCCUUGCACAAGACGUUUUACAACUGGUAGGAAGCGAUAACUGCACGUUCAACAAGGCUCAAAAAGAAUUAGGAAAAGAUAAUUUUACAAAAAUACCUAAUGGAGUUAACGGAGUUGAAGACAGAAUGUCAGUCGUAUGGGAAAAAGGUGUCCAUACUGGCCUGAUAGAUCCAACUAGAUUUGUAGCAAUAACUAGCACCAACGCUGCAAAAAUUUUCAAUUUGUAUCCAAGAAAAGGCUACAUCGGUGUUGGAUCAGAUGCAGAUAUUGUUAUUUGGAAUCCCAACGCCACUAGAACGAUUUCAGCUAAAACUCAUCAUCAAGCAGUCGACUUUAACAUAUUUGAGGGAAUGGUUUGUCAUGGAGUACCAGAAUAUGUUAUUGUCAAUGGAAGAGUAAUUGUGGACGAAGGACAACUCAGAGCCGUCCAGGGUUACGGAAGGUAUAUUGAAUCUCCAGCAUUCCCACCGUUUGUGUACGAUCCUGAAAAGGUUGCAGACUUAAAACCUGAACGAAACGGAACUGUUGAAGAAGAAAUACAAAAUAUAAGAGAAAUUGAGAAGAUUCAUUUAGAGGAGAAGGCGUGUUCAUCACCAACUCCAACCAUACCUGAAGGAAACGUUUUAACACCUUCUGGAAAAGGAGCCAGACCUGAAGGACAAAGAAAUAUACAAGACUCUUCAUUUUCUAUUAGUGAAGACUUGGAUGUUGAAAGGAAGUCUUGUAUUCGAGUUCGGAAUCCUCCAGGUGGAAAAUCGUCAGGUUUUUGGUAAAAACCGAUCUAUGACCAAUAAUCUUUUGCUUUGAUUAAUACUGGUUUCACCUUAUAUAUUUAGUGUUAUGCCAAAGUGACAGUUUCAGUUAUAUUUAAUGUUAUUUAGAAAAGUACCUGUUAAUUAUUUAUUGUUUUUAUGAUUGUGUUAAUAACCAAGCUACAGCUGCUAGAACCAAGGAGAUUAAGGAGGUAUAUCGGGCUUGUCAAAAAAUAUAUAGAAAUAUAUACGAAAUUUACACAGUGUAUUUUCUGUGUCCCCUCUGUAUUAGAAUUUUUUCUGACCUAGAUUUUUUUAUAUUGUCAAUACUACAUGCAUACUGAGUAGAAUUAUUAGCUAGACAUAUAAAUUUAUAGAAAAUAUUUUCAAUAAUCUUUGUCAGUCUUUUUCAAGUUGGUAAUGGUAAUCUUGGGGCUUCUCUGUUACCAUGACUCCCCUCAAAAGUCGAUAAACCUCCACAAAGAUAAAAACAAUUCUGAGCCAAAGCAUCAUCUUCCAUUACCAUAUAUUAUAACAGUUUUUUUCGAAACUAAUGAUGGAAAAUUAAUACCACUGCCUAUGAUGUACUGACUUGCGUUUUAUUUCAACCAAACAAAA